AUGCUCUUUUCAGUGACCGUCGUUUUUCUAGCUGGUAAUGCUAAUACUCCUAGAAAUCAACCCAUGAUGCGCCCGCGCCGAGAAAGCAGACUAGCCCAGAGCUUUCGCCCCGACCAACUGCUCGUUGAAUCCCCUACCAGCUCACGUACAAAGAUACGCAGACACGAGACCUUACCAGAGGACGACUUCGCCAUCACAGACGACCGUUCGCCGUUGUUAACUUCAUCAGCACAGAAUGGCGGUGCUCUCCGGGGCUAUGGAUCUGACUCAAGAUCACCCUAUACUAUGCCACCAGGUAUGGGCAGCCCAACAUCAAGGCGGUCACCACAAAACAGCUAUACGCCUGAUGCCUUCUCAGCUUCAAGGCAGGGAUACGAUGUCAACAAUCCGCCUUCUAUGCCCGGAAGCCCCAAAAUUAUUCCCAAUAAUAUGGGCUAUGAUGAGACAGUAAUAACAGGACCUGAAUUCGUUCGCCAACAGUCUCCAGAAGCGCUGAGUUGCCACAGCCUACCCAUGGAUGCAGUAGUCAGUGUGGAUGCGGACUCGAGAAGGCCAGGAUUACAAUCCAGACAUGGGUCAAUGUCGCGCUCUCCGGCAGAUCUACAGCGCCGCCGAACACUUACUCUUCCAGUGGAAGAAGAUGUAUGCUUCCCUGCUAGUGGCCUUUCAGAUCUCGGCGAAGAAGAUCUUCAGUCACAUAUUCCAACCGGCGGAGAUACCCGUGAGCGUAGACGGCGGUCACGGAGAGUUUGGCCUGACCUUUCAGUGUUGGAUGAAUGGAGCCAGCAUGAGAAGGAGGCUCGCAGUGGUGGAACCCGUUCCAAGAGAAUUGACGAACCGGUGCUCAUCGGGGGGAGACUAAGAACUCGAAAUCUGGCGUGGAAACAAGACGAAGAAGAGGAAGCACCGUACCGUUUCACCUAUUUUAAUGAAGAUUUUCAGAGCACCUUACACAGCCAAACACUAUCAGAACUUGAACAACCUGGCCAAACUUUCCGAGACCUUUUCAUCCCAGAACCUCCACUACUAGAAGACGAUUCUUCAGAUGAAGAAGAUGAUUCCCCCGCUUAUAGCGGUAUAACAGGCCGUGAUAAACACCCGUCUAUAUCAACAAAUGCCAAUCACAACACAAACAAUCUUCCAGACCUAAUAUCAGACAACCCGGAUAGCACAUCCCAACAGCCUACCAAUGGCAAUAGCCGAGCUCCUAGUCCUAAGAAAGAGCCGCGAUAUGGACCCCGACCUACCUUCUGGCUUGAUGUUCUCAGUCCCACUGACAGUGAAAUGAGAAUCAUUGCUAAAGCAUUUGGGAUACACGCCUUGACCGCAGAGGAUAUUAUGAUGCAAGAAGCACGAGAAAAGGUCGAACUGUUCCGGAAUUACUACUUCAUCAAUUACCGUACCUUCGAGCAAGAUGUCAACAGUCCUGAUUUUCUUGAGCCCGUGAAUAUGUACGUAGUAGUUUUCCGAGAGGGUCUCCUCAGCUUCCACUUCUCUCGAACUCCCCAUCCAGCAAACGUCCGCCGAAGGAUCCGUCAACUCAAGGAUUAUUUAAUCCUGAGCGCAGAUUGGAUAUCAUAUGCUAUCAUUGACGAUAUCACUGACGUUUUCGGCCCUCUCAUCCAUGCUAUUGAAGAAGAAGUCGACGAGAUUGAUGACAAAAUCCUACGCCUACAUUCCGACGACAAGGAAAUGGGUUCUGAUCAAAACAACGAAAAGUCUGCCGCUUUAGAGGAAAGUGGCUCUGGAACCAAUAUGCUUCGCCAGGUCGGUGCGUGCCGUAAGAAAGUUAUGGGGCUUUACAGGCUUCUAGGCAACAAGGCAGAUGUUAUCAAAGGGUUUGCAAAGCGCUGCAAUGAGUUCUGGGAAGUUGCCCCGAAGUCUGAAAUUGGACUCUACCUGGGUGACAUCCAGGAUCACAUCCUGACUAUGACAAGCAAUUUGACUCAUUACGAAACGUAUAUCGGCCCCAUUCCCUUCGUGGCCUAA